AUGUGGAAGCAAUUAACCAUUACUUUAUUAUCAAUUUCUUGCCUUAGUUUAAGUCAAGAGUUAAAAAUUCAUUUAACUGAGGAAGGAACACAAGAGGACAAUAUUGAGACACGUCUAUUAACAGUUAGGCUAGAUAAGGAAUUCUUACAACCUAGUGUUAUGGAAAGAUUAAGCAAGACAUCAAAUAUUAUCUUUGCUGAUUUCCCUGAAAUGCCAGAAUUUGUAAACGCAAAACAGUAUGAAGAUAUUUUGAAUUCUUUAUAUGAUGAAAAAGAAGAGCAACACACUUCAGAGGAAAAUUUAAAAGACAAAACUGCCUAUAUCGAAAAUGAUUCUGCACAAAAUGAAAAGGAUAAAUAUGUUGAAGAUAAAUUGCCUGAACUAAAAAAAGAGGAAGAAAAGGAAAUAAAGGAAAAGGUCGAGAAUAAAGAAGAUGAAAGAUGGGUGAAUGUUGAUGAAGGUAAAAACAUUAAUAAUGAUUCAUCAACUGACGAUAAUAAAGAAAUCAACCAAGAAGAACAAACUAAUAAUAAAGAAAAAAAUUGGUUAAAGAAAAAGAAGAAGUUACAGAGGAAAACGAAAGAUACGAAGAGCAUGUAA